GCCCGUGUCAUCAAGCGCAGGACUUUGGUCGCGAAUCCAUGAUUGAAUCAACCGCUCUCCUGUGCAAUGGCUGUGGGCGGUGCCGCGCGCCUCACCGUCUCCCAGACCUGGGGAACGGGUUUUUAAACGGGGCCAAAUUGAGGCGAACGCUCCGUCGGACGACCAAUCAGGGAGGAGGUCACUAGUAUGCAAAUGUGGCGUUAUCGCAGUCACGUCAGCAGCAACAGCAGCAGCGGCGGCGGCGGCGCUGGUGGAGGAGCAGCAGCUGUGUGGAGCUGAGGACUGCAAAAACUAACUUCACACCGAGAACACGCAAGCGAACCGGGGCUCCAUUUCGGGCACAUUUGAUAUGAUGCCAUAGCUCCGUUGCCGCCGUGGUUCAUCGGAACCAACCGGGAUCCACACACUUCAGGAGGUUCCAUCGACUUUCAGAGCAUCGCAAUGGAUUUUUUUGACGACCCCAACCUCUUUGGUGGAGGUCUGGAAGGGGUGGACGUCGACUGCUUCCCCUCGGCGCCGUCAUUUGCCGAUGAGCUCAAUCUCGGCACCGACUUUGAGCCCAUCCAAGUACCAGAGCCUCUUGGCCCGGGGAAGAGCCAGGACAUGAUUCUCCCGGCGUCUUCCACGUCGACUCAACAAGCGAUGCCGUCUUACAAUCAGAUGGGUCACUACAUUGGAAGCAAAGUGCAGAAUCCGGUUGGCCAGGCAUUUCCUGGUCUCGGGGGUGCGGGUAGCGGAGGCGGUGGCAUGAUUGUGGAGCAACCGGGCCCGUACCACAGCGCCACCGUCACCCAAGUACCUCAAUCCAACGGGUUAUUUUUCAGCAGCAGCACCGCAAUGUGGGGCAACCAGGACCAGAACGGGAACAUGUACCACCCGGUGUCCCAGCAGCCGAUUUGUCAACAGCAGCAGCAACUGCACAACCAGCAGCUCCACGUCAGACAACAACCGACGCAUCACCGAAUGCGCCAGCAGCUGCAACAACAGCAAAGUCACCCGCAACAGCUGUUAAACCAGCGCCCGCACCAACAAAUUAACACCCAGGCCAUCCCCCUGGAGCCACGGCACCAUCACGGCUUCUCCUUUCACCAGGGGAGUCAACCUCGGAGUCAGCAGCAGCAACUCCACCAGAGUCCACAGCAGAUCCAACACCAUCUGACCGCAGGAGGAACGCGGUUUCAUUCAGGGGUUCUGCCGAGUAAGACCUAUGCGGAUGGUCAAAACGGCCCCCUUCGAGACCCCGCGUCUUGCUUGCAGCAGCAGCAGUGCGGCUAUCAGAUGCGAGCUCAAGACUUCUGCAGAUCGGGAAUGACUGACAAUAACGUUCCCAUGAAUACGUCGGCCAUGGUCCACUCGCUGCCCGCAUACUCCGUGAAUUCUUCCGCCACGUACCAACCGGCUCAGUACCCUGCGUACCCCGGAGAGCCAGAAAUGCCCAGUCUCGGUCAGCCGUCUUUGUCGUCGGCUUCGGUGGCGACGAGGCCCGCCGCCACCGCCGCCGCUCCCCUCGCCGCAGCUCUCCCCGAGCUCCCAGGGGCGGCAUGUCAGUUUCCAUCUGCGUCAGUUCGAGGCCAGCGGCAUGCUAGAAUGCCAGCGAGCCAGGCAGAGGAGUGUCCUUUCCGGGCUCUGCGCUGCUCUGGAGAAACGCCAGGAAACAACAGGUCGUCUGAGAUUUUUGGGGAAUCCAUGAGCUGCUACCCGAGCCUGACCCGCCAGUUGCCCUCUGAGCAGCCGCAAAGCUGCGGGGCCGUCAACGCUAACGGAUACCCGUCUCUCGGAGACAGCCUACUGGCAUCAGACGCUCAGGAUGGAGAUUUGGGAGGGGUUCUGGAUCCGCCCGACCUCCUGCCUGACUUACUGCCCCAGCUGGAGGCCGCCCUCAGCCAGCCGGAUCAAUCAAACGCCUCCUGGGCGGAUUCAAACAAUACAUGGGGUCCCAAGCACAGCAAACCACUACCUGUUGAACAAAGGGAAGAGCCUCGGAAGAACACUAAUGGUCCCGUCAACCAGGUCCGGGUUCUCAGCCCCGUGAUGAAGAGCAGCUCGUCGUCCUCUUCUUCUUCAUCGUCAUCCUCGUCCUCAUCCAGCUCCUCGUCGGAGAAGAGGAAGCCACGGCGGUCGCACCACCAGUCCGAUCCGGUGUCCCCGGACAAGCAGGAGAAGGCCAACAGGAUCAUAUCGGAGGCCAUAGCAAAGGCCCGGCAGCGGGGGGAGAAGAACAUCCCCAGGGUGAUGAGCCCCGAGUGCUUUCCCAGCUCGUCUCAUCACAAGAGUCGGCAGGAACAUAAAGGGAAUGGAAAAGCGCGAUCUAAAGAGAAAGCCUCCAGAAAGGCCUGCAUCAUACCAUUUUCCACGUCCAAGCAGAAGCCCAAGAUUGGGAAAAUUGUCAUCAAGAUUGAGAAGAAGAAGAAGAGGAAGCCUGACUCUUCAGAAGAGGACUCGGACGAGGGCCCUCCAUCUCGACACACCUCGAAAAACUCGAAGAGGCGAUCUAAUCGGCAGGUGAAGAGGAAGAAGUACGCCGAAGAGCUGGAGGCCAGGUUGUCGGACGAGGACGGCAAAGUGAUCGUCAAGGCCAAGAAGGCGGCGUCCAAGGAGCCCGCGGUACAGCUCUUUGUCGAGAACCCUAGUGAAGAAGACGCUGCCGUCGUUGACAAGAUCAUGUCGUCCCGUGUCGUCAAGAAGGAGAUCUCUCCAGGAUUGGUGGUGGAAGUGGAGGAAUUUUUUGUCAAAUACAAAAACUACUCCUACCUCCACUGUGAGUGGGCCGCAGAGGAGCAGCUGGAGAAGGACAAGAGGAUCCAGCAGAAGAUCAAACGCUUCAAGAUGAAACAGGCACAGAGGGCGCUCUUCUUCGCCGACAUGGAAGAAGAGCCCUUCAACCCAGACUACGUGGAGGUGGACCGAGUGCUGGAGGUGUCUUAUUGUGAGGAUAAAGACACGGGGGAGGAGGUGGUGUACUAUCUGGUGAAGUGGUGCUCGCUGCCGUACGAGGACAGCACCUGGGAGCUGAAGGACGACGUGGAUCAGAGCAAGAUAGAAGAGUUUGAGCAGCUGCAGGCAGCCAAGCCCGACUCGCGCAGGGUGGAGCGUCCCCCAGCCAACCUGUGGAAGAAGAGGGAGCAGUCGCGACAAUACCGGAACGACAACAGCCUCAGGGACUACCAGCUGGAGGGCGUCAACUGGCUCCUUUUCAACUGGUACAACAGGCGAAACUGCAUCCUGGCGGACGAGAUGGGCCUGGGAAAGACUAUCCAGUCCAUCACCUUCCUGGAGGAGAUUCACCGCGUGGGCAUCAAGGCGCCGUUCCUCAUCAUCGCACCGCUUUCCACCAUCGCCAACUGGGAGCGGGAAUUCCGCACCUGGACACACCUGAACGUUAUUGUGUACCACGGGAGCAUGGUCAGCAGGCAGAUGCUGCAGCAGUACGAGAUGUACUUCAGGGACGCGCAGGGCCGCGUCAUUCGAGGCGCCUACAAGUUCCAGGCGAUCAUCACUACAUUCGAGAUGAUUCUGGGCGGCUGCCCCGAACUCAACGCCAUCGAGUGGCGCUGCGUCAUCAUCGACGAGGCCCACCGCCUCAAGAACAAGAACUGCAAGUUGCUGGAGGGCUUUAAACUCAUGAGCCUUGAGCACAAGGUCCUGCUGACGGGCACCCCUCUCCAGAACACCGUGGAGGAACUCUUCAGCCUGCUUCACUUCCUGGAGCCAGCGCGCUUCCCCUCGGAAAACACCUUCAUGCAGGAGUUUGGAGACCUCAAAACUGAAGAGCAGGUGCAGAAGCUCCAGGGCAUCCUGAAGCCGAUGAUGCUGCGGCGUUUGAAGGAGGACGUGGAGAAGAAGUUGGCGCCCAAGGAGGAAACCAUCAUCGAGGUGGAGCUCACCAACAUCCAGAAGAAGUACUACCGCGCCAUCCUGGAGAAGAACUUCUCUUUCCUGGCCAAAGGCGCCGGCCAGUCCAACAUGCCCAACCUGGUCAACACCAUGAUGGAGCUGAGGAAGUGCUGCAACCACCCCUACCUCAUCAAAGGGGCAGAAGAGAAGAUCUUGGAGGACUUCAGGGAGGUUUACAGCCCGGCUGCCUUGGACUUCCACUUACAAGCCAUGGUGCAGUCCGCCGGGAAGCUCGUCCUCAUCGACAAACUACUGCCGAAGAUGAAGGCCGGCGGCCACAAGGUGCUCAUCUUCUCCCAAAUGGUGCGGUGCCUUGACAUCUUGGAAGACUACCUCAUUCAGAGAAGGUACUUGUACGAGCGGAUAGAUGGUCGCGUCCGAGGGAACCUGCGUCAGGCGGCCAUCGACCGCUUCAGCAAACCCGACUCAGACCGCUUUGUUUUCCUCCUGUGCACACGAGCCGGCGGCCUGGGCAUCAACCUCACGGCGGCCGACACCUGUAUCAUCUUUGACUCGGACUGGAACCCUCAGAACGACCUGCAGGCGCAGGCACGUUGCCACCGGAUUGGUCAGAACAAAGCGGUGAAGGUGUAUCGACUGAUUACCAGGAACUCCUACGAGCGGGAGAUGUUUGAUCGCGCCAGCCUCAAGCUGGGUUUGGACAAAGCCGUGUUGCAGAGCAUGAGCGGCAGAGAUAACAGUCUGGGAGGAGGCACCGGCGGAGGGGCCAUCCAGCAACAGCUGUCCAAAAAGGAAAUCGAGGAUCUGCUGCGACGUGGGGCCUACGGCGCCAUCAUGGAUGAAGAGGAUGAAGGUGCCAAGUUCUGUGAGGAGGACAUCGACCAGAUCCUCCAACGCAGGACCAAGACUAUCACCAUUGAGUCCGAGGGGCGGGGGUCCACCUUUGCCAAGGCCAGUUUUGUGGCGUCCGGAAACCGCACAGACAUCUCUCUGGAUGACCCCAACUUCUGGGACAAGUGGGCCAAAAAGGCAGACGUCGAUAUGGAUAUGGUGAACGGCAGAAACAGCCUGGUCAUCGACACCCCGCGUGUCAGGAAGCAGACGAGGCCCUUCAGCUCCACCAAGGACGAGCUGGCGGAGCUGUCGGAGGGCGACAGCGACAGCGACGACUCCAAACCCAAACUCAGGCGAACCCACGAGCGUCCCAACAGCUACGGUCGCACCGAAUGUUUCCGAGUGGAGAAGAAUCUGCUCGUAUACGGGUGGGGGCGAUGGAAGGACAUCCUAAACCACGGGCGCUUUAAGAAGCAGCUGACGGACUGGGAUGUGGAGUCCAUCUGCAGGGCGCUCCUGGCCUACUGUCUGGUGCAUUACCGUGGCGAUGACAAGAUCAAAAGCUUCAUGUGGGACUUGAUCGCACCCACAGAAGACGGACGCACCAAGGAGCUGCAGAAUCACUUGGGUCUCUCUGCCCCGGUUCCUCGGGGCAGGAAGGGAAAGAAGAUGAAGACCCAGUCCAGCUCCUUUGACAUUCACAAGGCCGAGUGGUUACGGAAGCACAAUCCUGAGCACAUGCUCCAGGACGACGGUUACAAGAAGCACCUCAAACACCACUGCAACAAGGUCCUGCUACGGGUCAGAAUGCUGUACUACCUGAAACAAGAGGUGAUAGGAGGCGAGGCCCAGAAGGUUCUCAACAACGUGGACUCCAGUGAAUUAAAGAUCUGGGUGCCAGAACCGGACCACUCCGAGCUGCCAGCUUUGUGGUGGGACGCUGUCUCUGACAAGUGUCUGCUACUGGGGGUCUUCAAGCAUGGUUAUGAAAAGUACAACACCAUCCGAGCGGAUCCCGCGUUGUGCUUCCUAGACCGAGUCGGUCGACCGGACGAGAAAGCCAUCGCCGCCGAGCAGAGAGGCAACGAUUUCAUGGACGGGGAUGUGGAUGAUCCCGAGUACAAGCCUGCUCCGGCGCUGCUGAAGGAUGAUAUGGAGGAUGACGCCUCCUCUCCCGGAGACUUGGUCGUCACUGACAACGCCGGAGAUGCGGCUCCGGAAGCGGAGAGCGCCUACUGGCCCUCAUCGUCUGUGCUCACCGCUCGGCUGAGGCGCCUGAUCACGGCCUCGCAGCGCUACACCAAGAGCCGGCAGAUCCUGCAGAUCCACCAGGUACAGUCUCAGUCGCUGCAGCAGGUCUCCAUGAUGUCGGCGCCGCUCUGCCCGCUGCUGCCGCCGGCGCUCGUCGAACCCCUCAACCCCAAGAUGGCGGCCAAGAUUGAACGACAGCAAAGAUGGACCCGGCGGGAAGAAGCUGAUUUCUACCGUGUGGUCUCCACCUUCGGCGUCGUCUUCGACCCGACGCUGGGCCGCUUCGACUGGACAAAGUUCCGCGCGAUGGCUCGACUGCACAAGAAGACCGACGAGAGCCUGCAGAAAUAUUUGUGCGCCUUCGCCGCCAUGUGCCGACGCGUCUGUCGCCUGCCGCCCAAAGAAGGAGACUCCGCGGUGGACCCGUCCCUCAUCAUCCAGCCCAUCACGGAAGAGCGGGCGUCUCGCACUUUGUACCGAGUGGAGCUCCUCCGCCAAGUGAGAGAGCAGGUCCUUCGCCACCGCUUGCUCUACGAGCGCCUGUCCCUGUGCCAGAUCAGCUCCGACUUACCCGUGUGGUGGGAGGUCGGCACCCACGACCGAGACCUGCUAAUCGGCGCCGCCAAGCACGGCGUCAGCCGCACGGAUUACCACAUACUCCGAGACCCCGAACUGGGCUUCAUGGCGGCGCAGCGUAACUCCAGCCAGACGAAGCCCGCGUCGCAGCAGCCGCGUACGUUCACGCCGCUCUUGCACCCUCAGUACCAGGCCUCGCCGCUGACGGGUUCUCCGCUCCCGCCUCCGAGCCAAAGGGACUCGGAGACGGCUGGAGUCGUCCCCAAAGCGGAGCCCCCAUCAGAAGGCGAGGAAAGCAGGGAAAAAAUGAAAGACGGCUGGAGUCCCGCCGUUGCACCAGCGACCCCUUCAGGCACGGCGGAGGAGAAACCCGUCACAGAAUUGAGGGACAGCGAGAGGCAGAUGGUGGCGGCGAGGACCAAACCCCUGACGCCCAAUUCCUCCGAGAGGAAACCCAAGAAGGCCAGCAAACGGGGCCGCAGGGAGAACAGGCGGGCGUCCGGGUCUGAUUCGGACGGCUCCUCAUCGAGCUCCUCGUCACGCUCCUCCUCGUCGUCAUCGUCGUCUUCUUCUUCCUCGUCCCGCUCCGGGUCCAGUUCAUCGUCGUCUUCAUCGUCCUGCUCCUCGGGGUCUUCGUCGUCAUCGUCUUCCUCUUCUUCUGAUGACAGCGACAGUGAAGGAGAGGACAGGAAGGAGAAAGUGCCCGCAGCCCCCAGCGUGAAGGCUUUUGACGAGGACAGCGUGGCAUCUCUUGGCGCCACACAAGACGACACGCAGGACCCCCAUUCUUCUGAAAACGGCAUCGCCCACAGCGCAGCCCAUCCCUUCCAGGCAGGAGGAUACAUGCUCGCCUCCUAUUGGCCAAAGGACCGUGUCAUCAUCAACCGCCUGGACAGCAUCUGCCAGGCGGUGCUGAAGGGCAAGUGGCCGGUGACGCGGCGCGUCUACGAGCCCGGCGGCGCCAUAGCCUCCUUCUACACCACCAAGCUCCUGGACGGCAGUCUGUGUGAGGACCCCUCGGCCUCGCCCCAGGGGUCAAAGGUGACCAAGCAUGUUGCAGAAAGCAAGGAGUUCUCAGUAAAGCUGAACGAUCAGGAGGGAAGUCUCAAGCUGACCUUCCAGAAACAGGGUCUCCCUCUGAAGAGGCCCCUGGACACAGAGGAGGGCCCCCAGUCACAGCAGCAGUACCUGGCUCGACUCCACGACCUGCAGAGCGCCUCGGACACGGGCCUGGCCGACAUCACCAAGCCGCAGUGCAGCUUCCAGAACGUGCCUUCAGGUCUUGCUGGUCCCAUGAGGAUAAACGGAGUCCUGGAUGGUCAGCCGGUGGCGAAGCGGAGAAGGGGGAGGAGGAAGAACGUCGAGGGCAUGGACCUGCUCUUUAUGAACAGGACUCAAGUCCCUGACCAGGCACUUCCCGGGUGGGGAGGAAUCGGCCAAGUGGGCGUGCCUCCAGUGCCGGGUUACACUCAGAACUUGGGUCCGGGUCCCGAAGACAUGGAGAGCAGGGUUCCCGUCAUCAACCUCAAAGACGGUACCCGGCUUGCUGGGGAUGACGCUCCCAGGAAGAAAGAUCUGGAGCAGUGGCUGAAGGAGCACCCCGGCUUUGUACCGGACACGGGAGCCUUCAUCCCUGGCGUCAACAAGAUGCCUUUGCAGUUCCACAUCCAGGACGGACGGCCCAAGCAGAAGAGGCAUCGCUGCAGGAACCCCAACAAGAUCGACGUCAACAGUCUGACGGGCGAGGAGAGAGUGCAGAUUAUCAACAGGAGGAACGCACGCAAGGUGGGUGGAGCUUUCGCGCCUCCGCUCAAGGAUCUGUGCCGCUUCCUUCAGGAGAACCCAGAGUACGGGGUCCCGCCCGAAUGGGCGGACGUUGUCAAGCAGUCGGGCUACCUCCCAGAGAGCAUGUUUGACCGGAUCCUGACGGGUCCCAUCGUUCCCGAGGAGGUGAGUCGCCGAGGACGGCGGCCAAAGAACCCUCUGGUGAAAGCGGCGGCAAUGGCGGCGGCGGCAGCAGCAACGCCUUCGGCGUCCUCGCUGGGCUUGAACCCCCUGCUGGCCAACGGGCUCCUCGCGGGCAUGGACCUGGGCAGCCUACAGGCCUUCCAGCAGAACUUCCAGAGUUUGCAGUCCCUGCAGCUCACCGCGGGCCUCAUGGGCCUGCCGUCGGACGCCGGCAACCUCGCCGCUAGUAACUUAGCCGCCAUGUUCCCUAUGAUGCUCUCCGGCAUGGCGGGAAUGCCCAAUCUGCUCGGGGUGAGCCCCUUGCUCGGGAAAGCCGGCCAGGACUCCGAGGACAAGAAGGAGAAUGGAAGCGGCGUCGGCGGAGGCGGCGCGUCAGGAGAGUCGUCCGCCCACUCGGUCGACGCCAAAGGAGAAAGGACAGAGGGCGCGAGCGCCGCGGCUUCCUCCACUUCCAGCACCGCCUCGUCUGCCAGUGGCCCCCAAAGUGCCUCGGCAGGCUCCACCCCCGCAGUCCCGCUCAACCCCUUGUUACUCUCCAGUAUGCUUUACCCAGGGAUGCUUCUCACUCCAGGCCUUAACCUUCCCACUCCCGCCGCGCAGCCCGCCAACGCUGACCCCGCCCCUUCUCACGCUCCGCCCCCAACCGUAGUCCCGCAGUCAACCGCAAAGCAGGAAACUUUGGAAGACGACGAUGACGACGACGAUGACGAAGAAGACGACGAGUCGGGGGAACAGAAAGACAACAGCGGUUCAGGAAAAGCCGAGUCAUCUUCAUCGGAAUCGGGGAGCUCCUCAUCAUCCUCAGACGAUUCCAGCGACGAGGACUGACGGAUGAAACUAAGACGAUAAAUCUAUUUAUGUAUCGCCCUCCUAGAAAUGUAUUCAUAUAUCACACAUAUGGAUUUUUUUUUUUUUUUUUGCGAGCACUUACGAUUUUUUCUUUACAUGUAAAUAACUAACAAAAUUGUUGUGUAAUAAAAUAUGAGGAAAAAAAACACGAAAAAGGCACAAAAAAAACUGAAAUAAAAUUUCAGUGUUUGUUCAAAAGGUACCGUCUUGUUUUGAGACAUUUUGCAUGUAGAAUCGUCACACCUACGAUGUACAAAAAUGCAUCAUGAAAAGGAAAAAGGCAUUAUUGUAAUUAUGUCAGGAUUUACUUUUAUUAUUAUUAUUAUUAUUA